AUGGACAGAAAAAUGAACCGUCGUCGUACUUGGAGUUGCUGGUGUCCUUUGUCCAUUAUAUUCACGUCCACAGUUGUGUUGCUGAAAAACACUGGAACUGAGUGUGGCGAAAACACCCUGAGUCCUCCCUACACUUAGGAACAUUUUACUGAUUUGGCACUUGGGUUGGAUAGAUCCCAAUUCAGCAUUUAAAUAUUUUAAAAUUUUGACUGACUCAGUACAAUUCUAUGCUUCAUGUUACUUUUUUUAAAAAAAUUACAGUAUAGGGUUGGUAUCAGGGAUCUGUUAGUUUCUAAGGCAUCUCACAUCAUAUCUUACAACCUUUAUUUUUUGUCUUCAGCUCAAAACCUGGAUAGAUGAAUUAAAAUACUGAAUGAUCCGUAUCAUUUGUUGUUUCAGCCACUGGCCAUUACAAAAGAUCAUGAAAAAGUUACACUUGAUAUUGGACGUUUGGUAACUUUAAUACCUUGGGUGAUAGCUAAUUCCCCCCUGAAAUGGUUUACAACAUAUGAUAAGGAAAUGCGAUGUCUAUGUACUAUUUCUAUGUAGUUUGUGCAGGAAUUCCAUGUGGAUUGUGUGCUUCAAUGGGAUACACACUGAACAUAUUCUCAACAAAGAAUACAUUAGCCCUUUACCCAGGACUCUUUGUUUUUUCUGCUGAGACACAGCUACCCCCAAAAAACUUUUAUAAUUUGUAUCUAGAUAAGUAAAUCAAAUGUUUGACUCUUUGUUUCUGUGGUGCUUACGUAGGAAUGCCUAGUGGAUCAGGUCCAGCUCCUAGUGCAUCACCUGUUGCAAUGGGAAAUAUACCAAAGAUAUUUACAACGGAUUAUGCAUCAGGUAAAUUUUGCAACCUUAACGUUGCCGCAGGGAUCUUUGCUUUUGCUGCAACACCAAGCAACUCUGCAUGGAAUUGUUUCAAUUUGGUAUCAGGAUAAGAAAAACAGGUGUUUGACUUUUAUUUCUAUGGUGCUUAUGCAGGGGUUUCGAGUUCACCAGGUCUGACUCCUGCCGCAUCGUGCACUUCAGUAGGAUGUUCACCGAACCCAUUCAAGAUGAAUACACUAGGUAAAUUUGUUAGUCUGUGAGGUGCUGCAACGCUUUGGGUUUUUUUGCUGUAGCACAAACACCCCCACCCAUAGAAAUUGUUUACAAUCAGAUGUUUGUGUUCUAUUUCUGUGUGGCACUUAUGCAGGAAUUCCAGGCCCAGCACCCAGUGGAUCAUGUACUUCAAUAGGAUCUGCACCAAACAUACUCUUAAUGAAGACUGUGCCAGGUUAGAUAAUUUAUAUGACAUUUAUGCUCUGGUUCUUACUAUGCUUUUCAGCUCCGAGGUAACUCUGAAUGGGUUUCCACUGUACAAAGUGUUUUACCGGUCUCGUGUGACUUUCCCCAGAGAUAAGGAGAUAGAUGUCAGAUUACAAAAUAUUAGCUUGCUGAAAUCUGCUUGGCAAGCUGUGUAGAUAACGGGGGUUUAGGCCUGCACUCAUAUCAGCCCCAGCAACUAUGGCCAGUGGCGAGCAAUGAGGGGAGUUGUAAUUCAGCAACAACUGGAGGGCUAAAUGCUCCCUGCACCUGAGAUAACUUUUCUCUAGGUCUUUCCUAGCUAAAGACAACUCUUACCCUACCUGAAGACAUGCAUUGUCCAGCAAGAGUGGACCAUAAUCCACUGGUACAGAAUACACUUUGUUUUCCCUCCCACCCAAAAGAGAAAAGUUUGGGCUCAAUCCUUGCAACUCCAGCUAAAAGAUUUGAGGUGGGAUUAUUCCCCCCACCCCCCAAACUUGCUGUCUGAGUCUUUGGUCAGGGAGGAAAGCACUGGAUUAUAUGGAAUCAUACAUUUUUUAGAGUGGAAAGGAACUCUGGGGUCCCCCCCCAAAAAAGCUCUGAUCAUUAUAUCCACCUUGCAACCUCAGCAGAUGGCUGCCCUUCUUUAACUAUCUAAUGAAGGAGAACUCACCAUCUUCUGAGGCAGUCCGUCAAACAGCUCUUAUACAUACCGUAUUUUUUGCACCAUAACACUCACUUUUUUCCUCCUAGAAAGUAAGGGGAAAUGUCUGUGCGUGUUAUGGAGGAAAUGCCUAUGGGUGGCAUGCCUACAGAUUUUCCUCCUCUAAAAACUAUGUGCGUGUUAUGGUCGGGUGCGUGUUAUAGAGCGAAAAAUAUGGUACCUUAAUCCUGCCACACAUUAUCAUUACCACUAGGUGGCAAUAAGUGCCUAGUAGUCCAGCCUCCCCAAUAUCAGUGGAAAGACUUUGGACCUCCUUGCUUUUCUGAACUGAUACUACUACUACCAAAGAUUUUCUACCCACCAUGCAGAACUCCACACUCGGCUCCAAUUCAGCAGGCACCUUCUGCUUUUAAGUGAAAAUAAAUACAUUAGGAGCUCCAGCCACUGAAUUCCCAUACAAUAUAGGAAGCUGCCUCAAUACUGAGUCAGACCAUCUAUCUCAAUAUCGUCUGCACUGACACCUGUUCUGCCCUAUAUAUAUGUAAAGCAGUAUUUAAACAGUCAUGACUUCCCCAAAAGAAUCCUGGGACGUGUAGUUUGUUAAGGCCGCUGAGAGUUGUUAACAGACCCUUAUUCCAAGACUAGUUUAACAAUCAAUCCCUCUCCACAGAGAACUCUGGGAAUUGUAGCUCCGUGAGGAGAAUGUGGGUCUUCCUAACAACUCUCAAAGAAUAGUUGCUAUUGUUUUGUUUUCUGUUUAUUUGUGCUUUUAUCUGUCUUGUGAAUCACCUUGAGAACUUUGGAUGAAAGGUGGUAUAUAAAUUUAAUAAAUAAUGAGAGAUAAUGCGUUCCGGCCUCUCUGGCCCUCAGGACACUCCCCAGGCCACGCCAUUCACUGGUCCUGCUUCACCCCCUCCUUGAGUGUUUUUGCUUGGCUGAAAUGUGUUAUUGACAUCUGAUAAUGCCUCUUUAUUGCCCUAACGGAGGGUACAGAGGAGUGGUGUGUGUGUGUGUGUGUGUGUUUGUGUAGAGCUGGCCUGCUGUAAAAAAAGAAAAGGAAAAAAAGAGUGAGAUUUACAUGAAUUGCUCCUCCCACUUUUGUCUCUAGCCACACCCACCACUGGCAUGUGAUUCCUGGAUGUUUGCUUUUGGAAGGGAAGGUGGCCUAAUGCAUGAAAAUUAUUCCCGAUCUCCUGGCCUAAAUUGUUUUUUCUCUUUACCUCAGGCAUCAUUAAGCGGCGUUCACCAGUAGCACUUAGCACCAUCCUAGAAAAUGGGGAGGUUACAGCAACGAAAUUAAACUAA